CCUAAGCCAGGCGUGGCUCCGGAUUCCACUUCCUUCUCACCCGCAUCAUUGAGUUUAACACAUCACCAGAAACUUGGUACACUUUAGCAGUGGUUGUUACUUGAUGUAACUGAACACAGAGAAGGAUCUACUUCAGUAUUAUGGCAGAUAAAGGAUCUUUUCUGACCUCAAUCAUCAUUUUCUACUUGUCCAUCGGAGCCGCGAUAUUUCAGAUCCUCGAGGAGCCGCAUUUAAAAGCAGCUCUGGACGAUUAUAAAAACCACACUGACCAUUUAUUACAGAAAUAUCCCUGCUUAAAAAAGGAUGAUUUGGACCUGAUAAUUGAGAUUGUGGCUGCGGCGGCUGGAAAAGGUGUGACUGUAACGGGAGAAAAAAAAAUCAACAAUUGGAGUUGGGAGAACGCAGUUAUUUUUGCUGCCACAGUCAUCACUACUAUAGGUUAUGGCAAUGUUGCACCGAAGACAUCUGGAGGCCGAUUAUUCUGUAUCCUGUAUGGGCUCUGUGGCAUUCCUCUUUGCCUCACCUGGAUAAGUGAAUUGGGUACAUUUUUUGGUGGCAGGGCAAAGCGCCUGAGUCAGGUGCUCCUCCACAGAAGGUUCACUGUGAAAAAAGUACAGUUCACCUGCACAGUUGUGUUCCUUUUAUGGGGUUUCCUGGUUCACUUGAUCUUCCCAGCCUUUGUAUUCAGUCACUUUGAGGACUGGACUUACUUAGAAGGCCUGUACUUCUCUUUUACCACCUUGACGACUGUUGGUUUUGGUGACUAUGUAGCAGGUGUGAACCCAGAUAAAGAUUACCCAACUCUCUACAAAUUCUUAGUGCAGUUAUGGAUCUGCCUGGGUCUUGCAUGGUUGUCACUUUUCUUCAGCUGGAAUGUGCAUAUGGUGGUCAAGGCUCAUAAAGUCCUGAAGAAAAGAAGGCUGAGACGCCACAGGCUGUCCAUCGAUGAUGUACUGGUAACAAAAGAAGUAAAGAAAGCCCCAAAGCCAACACCUCUCUCUGGCGUUAUUGACAUCUUUGAGUUCAUGUCUGAGAAGGUCGAAGACUACAGCGACAUCAUCCAAGCCAUCGGAACAGGUAAGAGAAGGAAGAAAAAGCAGCAGGAGGAAGAACUGACACGGUCCAAGAGCUGUAGUGACCUAUUGCAUGGUCUGGUCAUCCCACUCGAUCACUCUCCUCGUCUGAAACGCCGCUUCAGCGUCAGCGUGAACAUGUGCACGGUCAUGUCUGGAGAGUCUACAGAUGGCCUCAACAACAACCAAGAGGAACAGACACUUCUGAAAGAGCACCAAGGAGACACUAAAAACAAGAGAGAAGAGGAGCCUGGAUGUUGUGCGGGGGACUCCAGAAGAUCAGACCCAUCAAUCUUUCAAAGCCCUACCCUUACCACCAGCAACGGAGGAUCAAGAUUCCCAGUGUCCAAAGUAUCAGAAGACCAUUUGUCAAAGAGGAGAAAAAGCAUUAGCUGACAAAGUCUGAUCUUCUAGAUCUAAAACCAAAAAUGACUUAAAAAUUCAGCACUGCUUUAAAUCGUGAUUUUUCAGAUGAGAAGGACACUAUGGCUGAGGUGACACAAAGAGGACCAUGUGAAGAAAUCCAAAGACAUUUCAGGACCAAAGAAUGUUGCUCUGAUAUGCGGAUGGGAGCUUUCUCUACCUAAAUCAAGCUGCUAAAGUGUUCACUGGUUUCCGCAGUAUUGAAAGACAUGUAGGUAUUACACAGGGUUGUGCAGCCAGUCUGUGACCAAGAUAAGGAUGUGAGGGUUAGCAGAGGAAAUGAAACCGAUUUCCUUCACAGACAUUGGAAAGUUUGAGUGUGUUACUGUGGUUUCAACCAAGGUUUUUUUUUUUUCUCUGGAUUUAUUCUCAGAAUGACAGCUAGGAGAAAUCUUGAGAUGUUUGGAAUGGAAUACUAGCUAUGAAUGCUAACUGUGCCAUACGAACUGAUUAACGCACUAUUUUUAAA